AUGCAGGAUGCUAAACCCCCAACAAAGCGUUCUCGGGACAGAACUGUGUCGCUGGAUGUACAUCCCCAGUAUCGAGCGUCCAUGCGUAGCCGCGGCUCAACUCGCAGCCCAAAAGGCGCGGGCCCGUCUGAUGCUGGGCCGUCCGAAAUACUUUCUCCCAUUCCACGACGCCACCCGUUGCACUCGUCCGAGAGUCUUACUUGGCUUCAAGUAGGUUCCUCGCAUUCCGAGGCAGAUUUCCAAGCGCGAUGCAUUUCUCCUGCCUCCGUUACUUCUUCUGUUGCCUCCACGUAUCCAUACUCGAGCAGCGCCAGCAAACGCCUUAGCUUCAGUGUGUUGCAACAGCCAGAUUUGACUGCCCGGGGCUCACGGACUGGGUCGACACGGAGAGGCCAGGAAACUAGUCGGGAUGACCCAGGCGCUGGAAAACGAUGGGUCAGAUGGAUGCACAAGCAGGGGAUGAAAGCGUGGGUCGUCCCUCUUGCUAUUGCUACGUCGGCUUGGGUAAAGUGGAGCAUAGGUCUGGGUGAUUACUCCGGUCAUGCCACUCCACCAAUGUUCGGUGAUUAUGAAGCUCAACGACAUUGGAUGGAGCUGGCCAUACACUUAGCGCCCCAACAAUGGUAUACGUACGAUCUACAAUACUGGGGUCUCGACUAUCCACCACUUACCGCCUAUAUAUCCUGGUUGUGCGGGAAAGUUGGAUCACUUAUCGACCCUUCGUGGUUCGCUUUCGAGGAAUCUCGCGGGAUCGAGACGUAUAAUAGCAAAUUAUUUAUGCGCUCCACCGUCGUUGCGCUCGACAUGCUGGUGUAUGUUCCAGCCUUAUAUGGGUUCACGCGAAUAUGGCAUAGGUCAAGGUCAUUGAGGACACAGCAUGCAUCACUCUUGAUACUCUUAUUUCAACCUGCUCUGCUUCUCAUAGAUUUUGGCCAUUUCCAGUAUAACUCGAUCAUGUUGGGUCUGUCGCUCCUUGCCCUCAAUUCAUUCGCAGUUGGACUGGACCUCCUCGGUGCGGCAUGCUUUGUCCUCAGUUUGGGAUUCAAGCAGAUGGCCCUCUAUUAUGCCCCUGUUAUUGGAUCUUAUCUCCUUGGGAAAUGCAUUUUCCUUGGUCCAGUUCAAGGAACCCGACUAUUUAUUCGUCUUGCUGUUGUUACGCUAUCCUCGUUUAUCCUUCUCUUUGCCCCAUUCUUACCUCCGAUUGCUCCUCUUUCGUCAUUCUUCGCUGCCAUAUCGCGUAUCUUCCCCUUUGCACGUGGCUUAUUUGAGGACAAGGUGGCAAACUUUUGGUGCUUUACUAAUGUCACCUUGGUGAAAUGGAAGCAACUGUUCCUAGGGAAGGAAAGUCGACUUAUCAAGCUCUCAGCUGCCCUUACAGUUGCCGGUUUUCUGCCUGCCGUAUUUGGGCUCCUUUGGGGCUCAUUCAAAAUGCAACUGCGCACUCACCCCCAAGUCGUUUCCAGAGAGCGAGAAGCUCAUGCUAUCUCGUUCGUGACACCAGCGCGUGCCCCAUCACCAACGUUGCCUUUAUUGCUGUAUGCUUUGCUUACGACAUCGAUGUCCUUUUUCCUCUUCUCGUUCCAAGUGCACGAAAAGACGAUAUUACUGCCGCUCUUACCACUCACAUUGCUGCUUUCCGGUGCCACGGUUGGGGAUGAGGUAUAUUCCUUGGGGAUUCUAGGCAAUGUGGUUGGUGUAUUCAGUAUGUGGCCUCUGCUGAAGAGGGACGGACUUGGUGUGCAGUAUAUCGCCACACUACUUUUGUGGUGCCGACUCGUUGGUUAUAACCCGUUCUACCUGAGAUUUGAUUCAUUUGUCGGUCUACUAUCCACCGCCGUCAAUGCAGCGAUGAUACUUCUUCAUCUCCUGGAACUCGUCGUGACACCACCAAAUCGUUACCCUGAUUUGUUCCCUGUCCUCAACGUACUUGUCAGCACGCCUGUCUUUGGGUUCAUAUGGCUUUGGAGCAUAAAACGGGGUAUCGAAGUUGGCUGGGCACUAGGCGGGCUGCCAGGAUCUGGCACCGACAGAGGUUUUAAGGAUCACGAUGAGGGAAAUCCGGCAGAAGAGUUGCUCAAUUUGCCGACUGCGGGUCCGGUGAAGAGUGUGCGGAGGGAGCACGGAGCCCGUGCGGUCAGUCUUGGGCAUGCGAGCGGACUGACGUUGGCUAGUACCAGUGGAUACAGAGAUCCUCGGCGGAGAGCUGUCGAUCGGCUAAGGGAAAGUAGUGUUGGCUUAGAUGAGUAA